CUGUCCUCUCCUGCACUUCCCCGUCCUCGCGCCGCUUCAGUUGGGUGGUGGACUCCUCCAGCGGCGGUACUCGGUGCGGUCCCCACCUCGACAGCAGCAGAGGGCGGAAUAAGGAGCACACACUACUCCAGCGUUUGUUUUUUUUUACAGCAGGAAAUUGGAGUGAGGACCCAGUCUGGAAAAAAAAGAAGCUUAUACCAGCAUUCGCCCCGCCCACAGCACACUUGGCUGAGGAGCCUACCAAGCCUGUCAGAGCUUGUCUGAAGCAGCAGCAGGUUUUGCGGAGACAUACCUGUAGUAGUGUGUGAUGGCUCUGUUGACACUGCACAGGAACCCAACCCUCUCCACCGCUCAAGAUGAACUCCAACAAAGAAGAGGGAGACUCCAGAAAAGGGAGAGCUUUGCCCUUGUGAAGGGGGCCGUUCACCUGCUGGAAGAAGGCAAAGGGGCAGACCUCCAUGAGGAGAGUUCGCCCACUCCAGUCUCUCCUGUGAAGGAAGGCAACAGAGCGUCAGACACACGACGCAAACAACUUCACGCCAUGGUUGAACAGCUCAGACCAGAAGAUACUAUCAAGCUGGCGGUUCAGCUGGAGUCUGUCAACCCAGCCAGAGUCCGGUAUCUGAUUGUUGUCUCCACCCUGGGCAACAAGCAAGAGAGCAUCCUGCUGGGCAUGGAUUUCCCCAACCAAGACAGUGAUCAGUGCACCAUUGGCCUGGUUCUGCCAGUAUGGAGCGACACACAGGUGUAUCUGGAUGGAGAUGGUGGCUUUAGCGUGACCUCGGCCGAAGAGACUAGAAUUUUUAAGCCUGUUUCCAUGCAGACCAUGUGGUCAGUGCUGCAGGUGUUGCAUGGCUGCUGCGAGCGGGCGGUCAAGGCAACGGUGAUCCCAGGUAACGGCCUGGAGUGGGCCCAGCACUACCACCAGCACAUCGAGUCAGACCGCUUCUGCCUCAAUGAGUGGGAGGCCAUGGACGACCUGGAGUCGGUCCGCAAGGACAGUAAUGGACACAGUUCGGCAGACAGAGUUUCCAAUGAGGGGCUAAUCAGAGAGCACCUGAGAGACAUCAUGAGGACUGAAGACCUAGACAACCUCACAUCUAAGAUGGUGCACUCUGCCUUGAAGACCAGAUUAGCCUUCGACAUAAGACCUUUUAAGGAGUAUAUCGACAAUGAGAUCCUGGUCACCAUGGCUCAGAUGGACAAACCCUCCAAAAUAUUUGACUACCUUUACCUGGGCUCUGAGUGGAACGCAGCGAACUUUGAGGAGCUGCAGAAAAACAAUGUGGGCUAUAUUCUGAAUAUGACAAGGGAGAUUGACAACUUUUUCCCGGAGUCCUUCACUUACAUGAACAUCAGAGUGUAUGAUGUGGAGGCCACCGACCUGCUCAGUCACUGGCCAGACACAUACAACUUCAUCAACACUGCAAGGAAGAGCGGACAGGCGGUGUUGGUGCACUGUAAGAUGGGCAUUUCUCGCUCUGGGUCCACCGUCAUUGCCUACGCCAUGAAGCAGCAGCACUGGCCGCUGGACGUGGCGUUGGCCUAUGUUAGGGAACGCCGAUCCAUCGUCAACCCCAACGAUGGCUUCAUGAAGCAGCUCCAGACUUACAACGGCAUUCUCAACGCGAGCCAGCAGCGCCACAGCACACUCUGGAGGCGAAAGUCUAGAGACCAAAGACAAAAGUCAGUGAACAAGGAGAAGGGUGGGGAGGAAGGAAAACCAGACGAGGAGGAGGAGGAAGAAGAAGAAGAAGAUGAGGAGGAUGAGGGACUUGAGGAAGAUGAGGAGACUCCAGAUGAAAAAGAUGAUUCAGAAGAAGAAACAGAGGUGUUUGUGGAGCCAACGCCCAAGUCUGACACCGACCAUGGACCGGGGCAGACGGGACCACCAGGAGUCAAUCCUGCUAUCACAGUAAAUGAACCAGAUAAGGACAAGGUUGCCUCAAGUGUUAACCGCAGUGGCAGGAUGAACCUCUUCUCCCUCAUGCAGUCCAUUAGUGAACUAGAUGAUGGGGAUAAAGGACAGCUGCCUGGCAGUCCGAGGCGGUCACCAGGGCAGCGGAGGCGUAGCCAAGUUCGACGGAGUUUGACUCACCAGAGCGCAUGUGUGGAUGUUUCACCUGAACCACGAAGCCUACAGGACGCAGGUCAAAGCUGAACGUAAAGAGAUCAAAGACACAGAGGAGCAGGGAGUCACAGGAGGGAGAGGGACACCUGAAGGAAACAUGCCAAGGUUUUUAUCCGCUGAUACAUUCCGGUUUUAUAUUUCAGAUUAUUUACAUGAGGAACGUUUUGGAUAAUGUUUUUUGCAGUUCUGCUUCAUCACUGAUUUAUUAUUCACUGUUGAUCAAAGGAUCCUGCUGCAUUAUUCCUCUACCGGUGACAGCCAGGACAUCUAAUGGCUGAUCAUCAGCGUAAAUUGUUGUAUUAUGUUUUUUUCAAGUGUUUUUAGAACGCACAUUACCACCUACAGACCUAUUGGUCUCUCCCUUCAUGUAGCGAUCUCCCUUGUUCCCUUCUCCACCUCUCGUAUCGCCACUCCAGAGACGAUUAUCUAUGCAAUUACUGUUCUUCUUUACUUUCCUCUGCGAGUAUGUGGCUGUAUGCUGCCAAUCCAAGGUAGACAGUUUUAAAUAUGUUUCAUGCUUUCUCUUGUGUGUAACAUUUUAUGACACUGUCCACGGAUGUGAGGAUUUCACUGUAACUAAGCUGUGCACUAUGGACCAAGUCAGGGCCAGUUUUAUGGCACACCUGUUUGCCAAACAAUGCGUUCCAAUGUGCCAAUGAAUAUAUUUAAAUCUUUAUCAUGUCAGUAUGUAAAGAACCGAUUUUAUUUUUAUUUCCUCUAUUCAAACACCAGAGCUGUAUGAGUGCCUUCAACCUGAGAAUGAAAUACGACUCUAUGACUGGUGUUUUUACUACGACGUGGUGGCUGUAUCUUAAAUGUAACUCAUACUGUUUCUCACUUGGUUGGAUUGCAGUAUAAAUGUGACUUCUCCAGGUA